AUGGAGUCCGUUCAUACCCUGGUCGCAAGAGACUCUUGCGAGUCUGGAAAUGACUUCGACAGCCGCAUGGGCCUGCGUAUCUCUUCCAUCUUUGUCAUCCUCAUUGGUUCAGCAUGCGGGGCUCUCUUCCCCGUCAUGGCCCGGGGGUUCAAGGACUCUAAAAUUGCCAAAUGUGCCUUUUUCGUUGCCAAAUACUUUGGCUCCGGGGUCAUUAUUGCCACGGCGUUCAUCCACCUACUGGCACCGGCAGAGGAGGCGCUAACCGACUCCUGUCUGACGGGCCCAAUCACCGAGUACUCCUGGGUCGAGGGCAUCGUCCUCAUGACCAUUGUGGUCCUGUUCUUCGUCGAGCUGAUGGUGAUGCGAUUCGCACGGUUCGGACACGGCCACGCUCACGACGACGAUGACGAUGACCACCACCACCACCACGUGGAAAUGGAACAUGCCGUUUCCCCGUCCCCAGCUGAGUCCGUCGACCUGAAAGGCCAUAUGCCCGGCGAGGACCACCUCGGCCACUCCCGCGAACACCAUGACGUGGAGCUCGGCAAGCAACAUUCCGAUCUAGAGGAAUACAUGGCCCAAUUAACCUCCAUCUUCAUCCUGGAAUUCGGAAUCAUCUUCCACUCCAUCUUCAUCGGCUUGACCCUCGCCACCACCGGCUCGGAAUUCGUAACCCUCUACGUCGUCCUCGUCUUCCACCAAACCUUCGAAGGUCUCGGUCUGGGUUCCCGUCUCGCGACAGUCCCCUGGCCACACUCCAAGCGCUGGACCCCCUACUUUCUGGGUCUGGGGUACGGUAUCUCCACCCCGAUCGCCAUUGCGAUCGGUCUAGGCGUGCGUAACUCCUACGCCUCGAACGGCGCCACGACGUUGAUCGUCAGCGGUGUCUUUGAUUCCAUCUCCGCCGGUAUCCUCAUCUACACCGCCUUGGUGGAGCUUCUAGCGCAUGAGUUCAUGUUUAGUACCUCGAUGCGUAAAGCCCCGAUUCACAUUGUCUUGGCCGCCUUCGGCCUCCUCUGUCUCGGGGCGUUGUUGAUGGCUUUGCUGGGGAAAUGGGCUUGA